ACGCCCCUCACGGAGUGGCCGCGCGCGGGCUGGAGCCGGGCGGCGCGCCUGUGGAGCCCUCGGGGGCGGCCCGGGGCCGAGCAUGGAGCAGCGCGGCGGAGCCCCUCAUCACCGUUGCUCAUGGACCCAGUCCUUGACCUUGUUCAGUGUGGCGUCGGAGGGUGGUGUGGAGCCCGAGGGACUCACGUCCGUGCUUGGAGGGGAAGCUUGCGGUGGAUCCGAGCUUGUUACUGAUGUUGCCCUGCAGGCCCCUGGCCAGGCCUGAGCCCCCGCUGCCAUGGCCAUUGUGCAGACUCUGCCAGUGCCGCUGGAGCCCGCUCCUGAGGCCACCACCGCCCCACAGGCCCCCACCAUGGGCAGCGUGAGCAGCCUCAUCUCGGGUCGGCCCUGCCCAGGAGGGCCAGCUCCUCCUCGCCACCACGGUCCCCCAGGGCCUCCCUUCUUCCGCCAGCAGGAUGGGCUGCUGCGGGGUGGCUAUGAGGCACGAGAGCCACUGUGCCCAGCCGUGCCCCCCAGGAAGGCUGUCCCUGGCACCAGCUUCACCUACGUCAAUGAGGACUUCCGGACAGAGUCACCGCCCAGCCCCAGCAGUGAUGUUGAAGAUGCCCGAGAGCAGCGAGCGCGUAAUGCCCACCUCCGCGGCCCCCCACCAAAGCUCAUCCCUGUCUCUGGAAAGCUGGAGAAGAACAUGGAGAAAAUCCUGAUCCGCCCAACAGCCUUCAAGCCAGUGCUGCCCAAACCUCGCGGGGCACCAUCCCUCCCUAGCUUCCUGGGUCCUCGGGCCACAGGGCUGUCUGGGAGCCAGGGCAGCCUGACACAGCUGUUUGGGGGCCCGGCCUCCUCCUCCUCUUCCUCCUCCUCCUCCUCGGCUGCUGAUAAACCCUUGGCACUGAGUGGCUGGGCCAGCGGCUGCCCCUCAGGGACACUCUCCGACUCUGGCCGGAACUCACUGUCCAGCCUGCCCACCUACAGCACCGGGGGUGCUGAGCCGGCCACCAGCUCCCCUGGCGGGCAUCUGUCCUCCCAUGGCCCUGGUCGGGGGGCGUUGCCUGGGCCAGCCCGAGGGGCUCCCACUGGGCCCUCCCACUCCGACAGUGGCCGCUCCUCCUCCAGCAAGAGCACGGGCUCCUUGGGGGGCCGUGUAGCCGGGGGGCUCUUGGGCAGUGGUCCCCGAGCCUCCCCUGACAGCAGCUCCUGUGGGGAACGCUCCCCUCCGCCCCUACCCCCUCCACCUCCUUCGGACGAGGCCCUGCUGCAGUGUGUCCUGGAAGGAAAGCUGCGAGACCGCCAGGCCGAGCUUCAGCAGCUGCGGGACAGCCUGGAUGAGAACGAGGCGUCCGUAUGUCAGGCGUUCGAGGAGCGCCAGUGGCACUGGCCACGAGAGCGCGAGGCUUCGCGAGAGGACGGCGCGGCGCAGGCGCAGCCGGCAGCGCAGCGGGCGCAGCGGGCCCAGCAGCUCCUGCAGCUGCAGGUGUUCCAGCUGCAGCAGGAGAAGCGGCAGCUGCAGGACGACUUUGCGCAGCUGCUGCAGGAGCGGGAGCAGCUGGAGCGGCGAUGCGCCACCUUCGAGCGGGAGCAGCGGGAGCUCGGACCACGGCUAGAGGAGACCAAGUGGGAGGUGUGCCAGAAGUCAGGCGAGAUCUCUCUGCUGAAGCAGCAGCUGAAGGAGUCUCAGGCGGAGCUGGUGCAGAAGGGCAGCGAGCUGGUGGCCUUGAGGGUGGCACUGCGUGAGGCCCGGGCCACACUGCGGGUCAGUGAGGGCCGGGCGCGGGGCCUGCAGGAGGCAGCCCGGGCGCGGGAGCUGGAGCUGGAGGCCUGUUCCCAGGAGCUGCAGCGGCACCGCCAGGAGGCUGAGCGGCUGCGGGAGAAAGCUGGGCAGUUGGACACUGAGGCAGCCGGGCUCCGGGAGGCCCCUGUGGGUCCGGCCACCGCUGACCCAUUCCUCCUGGCAGAGAGUGACGAGGCCAAGGUGCAGCGGGCUGCUGCCGGAGUGGGGGGCAGCCUGCGGGCCCAGGUGGAGCGGCUGCGUGUGGAGCUGCAGCGGGAGCGGCGGCGCGGCGAGGAGCAGCGGGCCAGCUUCGAGGGAGAGCGGCUGGCCUGGCAGGCAGAGAAGGAGAAGGUGAUCCACUACCAGAAGCAGCUGCAGCACAGCUAUAUCCAGAUGUGCCGGCGUAGCCGGCAGCUGGAGCAGGAGCUGCAGCAGCUCAGCCUGGAGCUGGAGGCCCGGGAGCUGGCCGACCUGGGCCUGGCUGAGCAGGCGCCCUGCAUCUGCCUGGAGGAGAUCACAGCCACCGAGAUCUAGGGCGCCAGCCCUGGAGGGAGCACUGCUGACGGCCACACGGCUCCAGAUCCAUGGGAGGCCUCAGAGUCUGGUCCUAAAGCCACUUGUGCCCUGAGAUCCAGGCCUCAGGGCCUCUGCCAGGGGUGGCCCCAUGACUUGGAGGAGCAAAACCAGGCCCUCGCAGGCCCUCAUGUUCACUGUCACCCAGAGGCUCCUACUCACCACCACGUCACUCCCGACUGCUGCCAGUGUCACUCUGCCAAGCCUGUUUGCCCCCGAGACGUGCCAGCCCACUCCAGCCAGGGGAGCUGGGAAGGAGGAGGGGCUCCUGACCACGUUGUCUCCCACCCCGAAGCCAGAGAGAGCCAGACAGCACCAGCUGCUCCAGACGUGCCUGCCCCGUGCUGCCCGCACUGGGGGACAGGGCUGGGACCGGGCCGAACCCCAGGUGCCAGCUCUGCAGCCCCUCUCCCCGAGUGAGGGGGCUGAAGUCAGACCAAAGGAAGAACUCAGAAAUGUCUUGUUUAUGUAUGUUUGUGACCAAGCAGCCCCUCCUUCACCCAGGUUUUUGGCCUCAUUUUCACUUGUAUAUUUUUCACACUGUAAAUUUCUUGUACAAACCCAAAGAAAAAAUUAAAAUUUGUUUUUAAAAAAGCA